UUAUUCGCACUUUACAGCACAUUUUGUUUAUAUUUUUCCCAAAACAAAACAAAAAUUCAUGAGGAGUAAUUGUCAAUCAAAAAAUCAUUAAAUUUGGUUGCUUUUGGGACAAUGGAGGAAAUAUGCAGAGUUUGCAUUGGAAGCUCGGAAGCAUUCACAAACAUUUUCGAUGAAACACAAAAGUGGGACACUUGCAUUGCUGACAUGAUUGCCCAGUGUACCGGGUACGAGGUAAGGCGAGGUGAUUCACUACCAGAAAACAUAUGUCCGCCUUGCCUUGAGGAUGCUGUGAAUGCGUUCAAUCUUAUAAAAACCUGUGAGCAGAGUCAUCAACUAUAUUUUCCGGCGAUGGAGAAGGAGGAGGAUACAGAACAUCUCUGCGCAAAUCUUGAAGACGAGGAUUCGGAAAUUUCAGCCAAUGAAGCAGAGCAGUCCGAAUUUUCCAGCGAUGAAAAAAUACAUAAAGACGAUGGGGAUGUGGCUCUUUUGUUCAAAUGUAGUCACUGCCCGAAGUCCUUCUUAAGAAAAUCAAAUCUACAACAUCACAUCCGUACUCACACAGGAGAACGACCCUUCAAGUGCUCCGACUGCUCAAAAUCAUUUCUACAAAAAUCCCAUCUCAUCGAACACACCCGUAUCCACACUGGGGAGCGACCAUAUAAAUGUAAUCACUGUUCGAUGACCUUUUCCCGAGCCGGAGUUCUAAGCGAUCACAUCCGAUCGCAUACGGGCGAUCAACGCUUCCAGUGCUCAUACUGUAUAAUGUCUUUUAACAAAAAACAGCAUUUGGAAACACAUGUACGCACUCACACGGGAGAGCGUCCGUACAAGUGCUUGCACUGCUCCAAGUGCUUUUCCCAAGCUGGAACUCUUGGGGUUCACCUCCGUACACAUACCGGCGAACGAGCCUACAAAUGCUCUGAGUGCUCAAAGUCGUUUAUACAAAAAUACGAACUCAAAUUACAUAUCCGUACGCACACUGGGGAGCGACCAUAUCAGUGCACUGAAUGUUCGAAAUCGUUUACACAACAUAACACCCUCAAAGCGCAUAUCCGAACUCACUCUGAUGAUCGACCUUUCCCAUGCGCUCACUGCACAAAAACCUUUAAGCAAAAAUCGGGACUUAAUGUGCAUAUCCGCACGCACACUGGAGAACAUCUGUACCAGUGUUCUUAUUGCGAAAAGUCCUUUAAACAAAGCCAUCAUCUGCAAAUACAUACCCGUACUCACACAGGAGAUCGACCCUACUCGUGCUCUCACUGCUUGAAGUCAUUCAAGCAGAAGCACCAUCUCACCGAACAUGUCCUUACCCACACUGAGGGAAAACUCCACUCAUGUUCCUACUGCCCAAAGACCUUUAAGCAAAACUCUUAUCUUCAAAAACACAUCCGAACUCACACAAAAAACGGAUCUUAAAAAGAUAAAUAUGGAUAAUUUAAUUCUUCAUUCGCCACCUAAAGAACAUCCACUGCGAUUCCAGAAAAUGAAGCAGUUAAAGAUACUGAUACGGACGAUCUCCUCAUCAUAUAAAGGGGAUAAAACGUAUAACGAUAUUUCGAAUGUUUGCUACUCGAUAAUUAAUUUAACUUUAGGUAUUCCUGGAAAGUCCCAUAAAUGUAUUGUAUUAUUCAAGUUAAAUACCAAUUCAAUACAUUAAAAUUA